AUGUCUGCAUCAACCACGACCAACUCACCUAGUGUUCAGAAUAUGAUCAAUGAGAUGAAUGUCGCCAUCGUCUCGCUUGCGAGAUAUGGAUUUCCUGUUAUAUUUAUAUUCGGCGUUGUUUGCAAUGUAUUGAAUGUUUAUGUCUUUACGAAACCAACUUUAAGAACUAAUCCAUGUUGCAUGUAUUUCCUGUCGUCAUCAGUAACUGCACUACUUUUCACUGUGUUCAAUCUACCAAUUCGAACACUUCAAUUAGGAUACAGCAUUGAUCUGACAGUAGAUUCUGUAGUAGGUUGUCAAGUCAGAACAUAUCUUGUCUUUGUCUGGCGAGCAUUAACGGUCUGGUUUCUUGUUUUUGCCUCAUUCGAUCGAUUUUUACACAGCUCGUCGGAUGGCAAUAUUCGAAAAUGGAGUAGCUUUCGUAUUGCUAUUCGCGCGAUUGUCAUAACAUCGAUUUUAGUUCAUGCUGCCUAUGCCCACGUACUCGCAUAUUAUGAAAUCAUUCCCACUCGUCGAACUUGUUCGGUUAUGAACAGCUCUUAUGUAUAUUUUCUCGGCAUUUGGCAUCUAGUUAUGUACGGUACUGGCCCACCUUUAUUAAUGCUUAUUUUCUCUCUACUUACAAUACGACAUGUACGUAGUAGGCGGAUUAUGCCUACUGCUCAAGCAACAAGUGCGCAUCAUAAUGGAUCUAAUAAAGAAAAGAAUUUAAUUCGAAUGGCCCUGUUUCAAUGUUUGUUAGUUGGUUCAACAACAAUUGCAUAUGCUAUCUGUCAAUUUUAUAUUAUAUUCACAACAGACAAUGUGAAAAGUUCGCUUCGAGUAGCGAUCGAGAAUGUUUUUAUCAAUGUUAUUGGAGCAGUAUCAGCAGCUGGGCAUAGUAUCGUUAAAUCCCACAGAAGUGCUAUGAUCAAGUUCAUCGCAGUCAUACCGAUCUACGACUCAUUCGAGAAUAAGCCAAUUCUUGUGAGAAUACAGGUAUCCGAACAGUUUUUCGAAACUUCAGAUGAUACCACUAGUGCCGAUCGACCAUCACCAUCUGUUGUCACCGUCAAUGUCAGUGGAAAUCGUUUUCAAGUGUAUCCCUCUACUCUGGACGUCAAUCCGACGACAUUAUUAGGUAAUGCGAAAAAACGUCAACAAUACUGGAAUGACGAGAAUCGGGGAGUCUUUCUUUGGUGA